GCAGGUUUAGACCUUUAAGACUAUCCCUGCCACAGACGUUCGGUGCAAGAUGCUCUCCAGGUCCUGUCAACCUCUGGCAAAGGCCGCCUUGGCAGCAGGCGCCGUCCCAUCGCGGCAAUACCACGAAAUCGUGAAGCGCACCAACACCAACCAAGUAUUCACACAGAGGGGUCCCGGAGGACGCUCGUCAGUUUCGGGACAUGUCGCUACCGUUAUGGGAUGUACCGGCUUUCUCGGCCGUUAUGUUGUCAACAACUUAGGGAAGCGUGGAACACAGGUUAUCACUCCAUACCGAGGAACAGACGACGACAGGAGGCACUUGAGGCUUAUGGGUGAUCUGGGUCAGAUUGUCCCUCUGCGAUUCGACAUUCGUAACGAGGAGCAGAUUCGGGAAUCUGUCCGUCACGCUGAUACCGUCUACAAUCUGAUCGGGAAGGACUGGGCUACCAAGAACUUCACUUUCGAGCAAGUGCACAUCGACGGCGCUGCCCGCCUUGCCAGGAUUGCGAAAGAGGAAGGCGUCUCUAGGUUCAUUCAUGUCUCUGCUUUGAACGCCGAUGUCAACUCGAAUUCGCAUUUCCUGCGGACAAAGGCGUUGGGAGAGCAGGCUGUCAAAGCUGAGUUCCCCGACGCCGUUAUUGUCCGUCCAGGCAUACUAUACGGUCACGAGGAUCGGUUUUACAACCGCUUGGGAUGGUAUGUGAAGUGGCUACCUGUCGGCAUCCCCAUGGUCAACGGCGGCAAGACUCGUGUGAGGCCUGUGUACGUUGGUGAUGUUGCCCACGUUCUCGCCAAGCUCCAGUACGAUGAUCGUGCUGUGGGCAAGAUUGUGGAACUUUACGGCCCGAAGGAAUACCAUUAUGCGGCAUUGGUUGAGUUCUUUCUCGACAUUACACGCCGUGAGAAGUCUGCUAUUCCCGUACCAAAAGUCAUUGCCAAGGCCAUCGCAGCCGCUUCCAACGCCGUCAUGGCUUUCCCGGUUAUCUCCCCGGAUGAAGUCGAGAGGCUCUUCGUUGACGACACACCCACCCCCGGCGCCCUGACCUUUGACGACUUCAACGUCAAGCCAUUCACAGUCGAAGACCAGAUCAUCCGUUUCGCUGGCCUGUACCGAUCGGCGGAGUUCCAGCGUGCGCCAUACGAGACCAUUCUGCGCAAAUAUACCACAGACGAUGUCAAAUUGUGAAUACAUUGUCUCUCCUCCACGUUUCGAACACCCUCGUCUCCUUUUUUGAUAGUCUGAAUAUAUACAAAUGACCAGCGGAAACU